AUGCAGGUGAUUUGGGACAACACUGAAGCGAUUGGCUGUGCCCUACACUUUUGCAAUGGUACAAAGGACGCGCGUCAGGUACUUGCGUGUGUCUAUAAGCCAGAGGGCAACGCUGACGUACGACGACCUUAUACGACGGUGAAAGGCAGCGAAGUGAAGGCUACCGACGAAGAAGACGAGGAGGUGGAUGAGGAGGAGGAGGAAGAAGAAGAAGGAGCUGAGGGUGGCGCUAGUGAGUCGACGAAAGGGGAGGGUAAGGGCGGUACCGACGGGAAAGGUAAGGAGAACGAGACCAAGAAAACGAAGAGGAAGAAAAAGAAGAAGAAGAAGAAGAAGGAAGAGGAGGAGAUGGAAGAGGAGGAGUCGGGCGCACAUAAAGUAGCCUUUAAGUCAUAUCUUCUACUGUUGUGUAUUUUGUUGUUUUUGGUCAGCUGA